AUGGCUCCCUUGGGCCUUCAAUUUCAGACCCUCGCCGCACUCGCCCUGCUGAGCCCAUGUUUGCAUAGGGCCGAGCGACCUGAGCAAGCUGAGCGAGCUGCAUUCCACGAUGACGACUGCGAGCUGGCAUCGAACCUGCCCGGCACCACUGUUUCUUGGAAGAACUUUCGCGAGCUACUGCUCGGUGGCUGCGCGGCAGCCGACGAGCUGUUGGAAGAGCUGAGUCGUGGAGAGCACUGGAGUGGGAAGGAGCAGUGCGAGCUGGGGGUGGCUGCCGCCUGCCUCUGCAAGGCCCAUGCGACCGAGGCGAAGCUUUGCAUCCGAGGAGUAAGCCUCCAACGGAUGCUCGCGACACGCUGGCCGGUGCUGAAGCUGCUGGCGAACCUGCAAAAGCCAGCAGCCACGGCCCACGAAUCAUCUUGCAGCGGCUUGCAGCAUCCGUCACUGAACUGGGACCUCUGGCUGGAACAGGUCACCGCAUACGCUGAAGUUGCUGCUUCGUGGCUCCAGGGCGACUUUGAGGAUCCACCAGCAAUUCUGGACACUGCUACAGCAGAAGCCAAUGGUGUUGUUUGGAAAUCUUCGUCGGGUGCGAUUGCAGAAGGUCGUAGAAUAGCUGAGUGGACAGCCAUGUGUCCGCUCGGGAUCCUGGCAGCUUAUGCUGUGCGGGCAGCUGGCCUGGUUCUUGGUCAUGUGGAUGUGUACCGUAUCGUCCAGCGCGCGAUCGAGACGGCGGAGUCCGCGAUGGCCUCAUUGGAAGGAAUCUUGGAGUCGCCCUGGCCGAUCUUCAAGGUCUUGCAUGCGAUGAGCCUCAUGAAGAGAACCUUCCACGAUCUGCAGCUCUCUCCGCAGGACUUGGAGGCAAGUGGUGUCGCUGGGCACUCGGAUAUCUGGACCCGCAGUGCGAACACACUGCGAAGCGCUGCUGAGCGCAGCCAGAGGGCACGCGGCACGUCCGUGGUGGUGCUGACAGGUCUGCCGCAUCAAAGAGUGGGUCACCUGCUGGACCUUUUCAAGCAUGCCGACAAGAUUGGCUACUUAGCUCCUCUCGUCAUUGUGCCGCUCGAGCCGAAUGUCACGGAGUCAUGCUCCAAGAUUGUAGAAGUCUACGCGGCGCGGUCUACGAUGCCAGAGGAUUGGUCUCCCUGUCUGCCAUUUCUGUCACGAUUUCAACAGAGGGCCCAGUAUCUCUCCAUUUACAUCGGGCUCCAGCUUGGUUUGCCCGUGUUGUGGUUCGAUUUCCAUGUGGUGUUCCUUCAAGAUCCUUUUCAGUGGCUGCCGUCAGCAGCUCUCGGCCAACUGGGUCCUCCCAGAUACCGCGAGUCCUGUCAGUACUUUUGCCUUGCUCCUGGCAAAGCGGACCUUUACUUGGCGGAUGAGUUCUAUGCGGCCUUCUUGGUGAAGCCCACCCUGAUCUUCAUCAGGCCGACUGAGGCAUCUGUAGCAUGGCUACGGACCUUUCUUCUUUGGCUUUGCACCUUUCCCUUUGCGCAUGAGGCACGCGGCCUUCAGUUCAUGGUCUUUCCGGACCGCCAAGACGUGGUGCCGUCGGUGUCCAUGCUGCCACCUUCCGAGGGCAUGCCUCGCAUUGUCUUGGGCGAGCUGGACGCAGAACAAAAGUUUGUAAGCAGCGAGGGUUGGUUCGGAGAGUUUGAGAGUGUUGCCUCCUUCGAAAUCAGCGGCUUCCUGCCGGAAGCCGACCGCCUGUACUUGCUGGAAACUCUGCGGACAGGGAAUUCUCAAGAGAUCCAUCAGAUUAUACUGAAUGCUCGGAAGACCAUGUCUCCAAGACGGGCGACAGACCGCUCCUACCGCCGUCAUGAAGAGGGCUCGGCAGAAGAGCCAUGUUCCUGGCACUACGCGCAAGAGGCAUAUUUGGGCGGCUUUGCUGAUUCUGCCGAGGAAACGUUCCAGAAAGUGGAGACGGCGCUUUGCAAGUGCCUUCACCUUGGCGGAGCCUGCAAAGGCAUCACCUGUGAAGCUGCCGAUGGCGACAGGGAGACCUGCACACUUCGGAAGGGCUUGCCCUUCCUAGCACCAUCUCCGACUGAGGAGUGGAGCUUCGUGAAGGUCUGCCGCCAUCUAGGCUGCAAUGCAACUCCCGCGACGCGGAUCGUUCAUGUGAAUUUUGCGGAUGGCUGCUGUGAGCGGGAGCAGGCUCAAAGCUCCGAGUCGGCGCUGCGCUUCGGCGCGUCGGAGAGCCGGCCGCUGCGAGGUGAUUUUUUGGAUGAUGCCUUCCGGCGGAAGAACGAGGUUCUGCUGAACUUCAACCGCACACCGGAGCUCACUCAACACAAGACUCCGUCGGGCAAAGUUGGGUAUUACGUUUGGAAGCCUUAUGUCGUACUCCGAACUCUACUUGACCCUUCACUGCCAUGGGAGACGACAGCUGUGGUCUGGACAGAUGCAGGAAUUCAUUUUGUCAGCGACAUGCGGCCGCUCAUUCACGAGUUUUUGCGCGACUCGGAUGUUGCUGCGACAAGGACUCCGAUGAACGAGGGGGACUUUUCUAAGCGAGAUGCCUUUGUUCUGCUGGACGCUGAUUUUCCUAGCAUCAUGGAGACGAAUCAGAUUGCAACGGGUAUCAUCCUUGUACGAAAAACACGCUUGGCAGUCUCGUUCCUGGAGACGUGGCUGGCCGCUUGUGAGGACCGACGAAUCAUGACCGAAGAGCCAUCCAUUCUGGGCUAUCCUGAAUAUCCAUCGUUUCGAAACAACAACGACGAUCAAACCGCCUUCUCUUUGCUAUUCAAGCUGCACGGCUUCCGGGCUUUCUCCGUCGAGGAGCGGGACGCAGUAGUCUACACCGGCCGCAACCUGGCAAAGUUCCUGAAGGCAUCCAACGACUUCGCUUUGGGUGUGACAUCUGAUCGCGAUGCUUACCUCCAGGCUGCAGAUGAUGCAGCCGGCCAGUCAUCGCGGAGCUCGGCGACCUAA